AUAAUAACAAUCAAAGCAUUGCCAUCUUCAACAUCCGAAUUUCAAUCAUCAUUUCAAUUAAGAAUCCAAUCUGAAAAAUGGCUCUCGUUAGAAACAACAGUAGCAAUGGUCGGGAGCCAAUUCUAAGCCCCAGGAGUCUUACUAGUCCUCGGGGCUUAACCAGUCCCAGACCAUUGACAGUCCAACCGACUCAAGAACCUGUUCGCCCUUUGGCCAACUUCCCACCUUCCAUUUGGGUUGAUCGAUUCAUUUCAUUCUCACUUGAUAACAACGAAUUGGAAGCUUACGCAAACGCACUUGAGGGCCCAAAAGAAGCAGUGAGGAAUUUAAUAACGGACACUACAUUUGAUGCAACCGCAAAACUAAAGUUGAUCUACUCUGUGCAUCGUCUUGUACAAUUUCAAGUAUUCAGACACCAUGGUUAUAAACUAUCUUCUGACGUAUUCAAAAAGUUCAAAGACAACAACACGGGUACAUUCACGGAUGAUGUCACAAAAGACGUGAAGGGUAUGUUGAGUUUGUACGAAUCAGCACACUUGAGGCUACAUGGAGAAGAUCUCUUAGAUGAAGCUUUAGCAUUCACUGAAGCUCAACUUAAAAGAAUCGUAAGCACACUUGAGGGAGAUCUUGCACGACAAGUUAAUCAAGUCUUAAAGAGACCCUUUCACACCGGGAUGCCAAUGGUGGAGGCAAGACUAUAUUUUAGCACACAUGAAGAAGAUUUUUCAAGCCAUGAGUCGGUUGUAAAGCUAGCUAAAGUCCACUUUAACUAUUUGCAACUACAACAAAAAGAAGAACUCCGUAUGGUUUCACAGUGGUGGAAAGAUAUGGAGUUUCAGACAUCGGUCCCUUACAUAAGAGAUAGAGUACCGGAGAUAUACUUGUGGAUUUUGGGGUUAUAUUUUGAGCCUUACUACUCUCGGGCGCGUAUCAUAGCCACAAAAAUCACUUUGUUUUUGGUGGUUUUAGAUGACACAUAUGAUGCAUAUGCUACAAUCGACGAGAUCCGAUUGAUCACAGAUGCGAUUAAUAGGUGGGAAAUUAGUGCUAUUGAUCAGCUUCCCGAAUAUAUCAAACCGUUCUACAGAAUUCUCCUCAAUGAGUACGAUGAUCUCGAGAAAGAAUACUCUAAGGACGGAAGAGCAUUCAGUGUCCACGCUUCAAAACAAGCGUUUCAAGAAAUUGCAAGAGGGUAUCUUGAAGAGGCAGAGUGGUUACACAAUGGCUAUGUGGCUACAUUUCCCGAGUAUAUGAAGAAUGGUUUGAUUACUUCGGCUUAUAAUGUUAUUUCAAAAUCGGCUUUGGUGGGGAUGGGUGCGAUUGCAGAUGAAGAGGCCCUUGCAUGGUAUGAAACACAUCCGAAAAUUUUGAAAGCUUCGGAGUUGAUUUCAAGACUCCAAGACGAUGUUAUGACUUUUCAGUUUGAGAGGAAACGAGGACAAUCGGCCACGGGUGUUGAUGCUUAUAUAAAGGAAUACAAUGUAUCCGAAGAAGUGGCAAUUAAAGAGCUCAUGAAGAUGAUUGAAAACGCAUGGAAAGAUAUAAACGAAGGAUGUCUAAAGCCUACUGAGGUCUCGGUGGCUCUACUAACUCCUAUUUUGAAUCUUGCAAGAAUGAUUGAUGUGGUAUACAAAUUUGAUGAUGGGUUCACCUUUCCCGGGAAAACCCUAAAAGAUUAUAUUACCCUUUUGUUCGUUACUCCCCCUCCUAGUAUCGAAAACUGCUAGGUUGUAACUUGUAAUACAAUCAUCAUAUUUUCUCGGAAAUUUUCUUAUAAUUUGCCGCGUAUGUUUGCGCUCGAGUUGUGAGAUUCUUUUUAACAUUCUAUUGUAAUAUUCUUGUCAAAUAAAAAUUUCUUGUUAUGGUCUCUUUUGGGAUGUUUUAUGGUGUAUUUCAUUGAUGUAAUUAGGAUUGUAACGCUCUAUUAUUAUUAUUAUUUUUUUAUUUUCCCCUAUCAAGGAUUGUCAGG